AAUAUAUUCUUAAGCCAAAAAAUAAGGAGAAACGCAUUUCACACGCGCAGAGCCAACAACCAAUUCCCCAAUUCGCCUCCUCGCGUGCGGUUUGAUCCGGCUCAAGGUUCCGCGAGAACACAGCCCUAAUCCGGCGUCGAAUCCGAUGGCCGCCAGCGCCGGCAGCAAGAUCCGCAACGCCAAACUGGUUCUUCUUGGCGAUGUGGGUGCUGGGAAAUCCAGCCUGGUGCUUCGGUUUGUAAAAGGACAAUUUGUUGAGUUCCAGGAAUCGACAAUUGGAGCGGCUUUCUUCUCUCAAACCUUGGCUGUUAAUGACGAGACUGUGAAGUUUGAAAUCUGGGAUACUGCUGGGCAGGAGAGGUAUCACAGCUUGGCCCCCAUGUACUAUAGGGGUGCUGCCGCAGCUAUAGUUGUCUAUGACAUCUCGAACCAGGCAUCCUUCACCCGAGCAAAGAAAUGGGUUCAAGAACUUCAAGCUCAAGGAAACCAGAAUACAGUAGUGGCUCUUGCUGGCAACAAAGCUGAUUUGCUCGAGGCGAGGGAGGUUCAAAUAGAGGAAGCCAAGACAUAUGCGCAGGAGAAUGGCCUCUUCUUCAUGGAAACUUCUGCUAAAACUGCAACCAAUGUGAAUGACAUAUUUUAUGAGAUUGAUGUUAACGUUUCAUCGAUUCCCAUUGCAGCAAAGAGAUUGCUGCAGGGGCAGGCGGCGCAGAACCCACAGGCAGCGGGGAUGGUUCUCUCCCAGAGACCCAAUGAGAGAGUGGUCAGCGCGGCUUCGUGCUGCUCCUCCUGAAGCAUCGUAAAUUUGGUCACAUUCGUCGUCUGUGAGAAAUUUUGGGAGAGGAAUCUCGACAAACUAUCUUGAAAGCGCCUCUUGAUCCUGUGCCUUAUCUGAUAUAGUCUAAGCGCUACCGUGCCCGCCUGUCUUUUCUUUUUUGUUCAUGCGUUUGUCAUGUAAAUGCCCAUACUAGAAUGCCUUUUCAGAUAUCGCAAGUGAGAUACCAAAAUUCGUAAGCGAGAGUUACCUCCAAAGUGGCUUGAUUGUGUCUGCUCCCCAAGUUUGAUGUUCAGAGAGUAUGUAACAGGCUAUUCAACAGAGAAUACAGCUGCGUCGUGUGCGUUGGAAUUUUA